AUGCCUGCACAAGCAAUUCCAGUAAACAUACUUCUAAUCGGAGCGUCCGGUUAUAUCGGCGGCUCCGUCCUGGCUCAUCUUUGCUCCCGUCCGAACAAUGCCGGCCUUCACAUUUCGGCACUUGUGCGCAAACCGGCGGAUUCGGACGCCAUCAAGAGCUCGUAUCCCCAGGUAGAAACAGUCCUGGGCGAUCUUGGCGAUGAAAGGCUUCUCUACGAUGCGGCUGCGGGGUCAGAUGUUGUGAUUUACGCGGCGCGAAACACCCAAGAAGGCGUCGAGCCUCUCAUGUCAGGGCUCGCUGGUGAGGCGAGGAAUGGUCUCGAGAGCUCUCAGGAGCAAGCUUCAAGAAAUCGCCCUGCACUUUUCAUCAUGCUCAGUGCCAUCAUAUCUCUCGCGGAUCCAAAGAACCUUCGCCUCGGCGAACCUCCUUUGGACUCCAGCAAGGCUAUGAGCGACGUGGAAGACAGGAACGCCAUCAUGAGCCUCCCAGAAUACCACUGGCAUGUAGCACAAGAACGGGUUUUCAUCCGUCUCGCAGCAGAGAAGGGCCGGGGCAUCAUCACGCCGGUUGUGAUGAGCCUUCCAUUUACCGUGGGCAACGGGACAGGCCCGGUCCGGACCCGGGGCUUCGUGCACGACUACGCCAAGGCUUUGCUCCACCGCCCGGGCAAGAAGCCCUUCGUUAUGGGCCAGGGACGCAAUGCUUGGAGCUGGAGCUCACCGCGCGACUUGGCCGCAGCCGUGGUGUUUGUGAUGGACUGGUGGAAGGGAAACCCGAAUGACAACGACCUCCAAGGCUACAUCUAUGCCGAGUCUGGGCAACUGGAAAUGCGCAAGUUAGCCCGCUACGUGGGUCAGGUUUCCGGUUCCGUUUCUGCCGGACAAGAGGAAGAGCCCAGCACAUCGUCGGAUGGGUGCGAAUCGCUGCAGUAUCCCCAGUUCGCGGAACUCAUGCCGGAGCUGCCUGGGCUUUGGGGUGUCAGCGCAGUGUGCCAGGCUGAUAAAUUGAGGAGCAAGGGGUGGAAGCCUAUGGCAACCAGCUGGGAGCCGCUUGUGGACGAAGUUGUCAGGUCUUCGUGUGUCUAA